AUGGGUGUGGUCCAGGCGUCCACCUCGAGGCCCCGGUUCCUCAGUGGUAUCAAGAAUGUCACCGUCGCACAAGGCCGUGAAGCCACUCUCGAAUGUCACAUUGAGAACUUGGGAAAAAACAAGGUGGCGUGGAUCAAGAUGGACACAGAGACUUUGCUCACGUACCAUCGGCACAUUAUCGUUGGGGAGCCACGACUGCGAGUGAGUGACAACAAUGAGCGCCACUGGCAGCUGCACAUACGGAACGUGCAACCCUCGGACAAGGGCUUCUACAUGUGCCAGAUCAACACCGAGCCGAUGAUCACAGAAGUGGGAUUCCUCGACGUGCUCGUGCCGCCUUCCAUCCUUGACGAAGAUACGAGCUCAGAUGUUACGGUGGACGAGGGCUCUCGCGUGAGCCUGCACUGUCGAGCCAGUGGCUAUCCGCCGGCAACGAUCCUCUGGCGGCGAGAGGAUGGCCGAGAGGUCAACCUUGAGCGCUACAGUGGCCGUAAGAACUCAGUGAUGACGGUGGAAGGAGAGUUCCUCAACAUAAGCCAGGUGAAUCGAGAAGAUAUGGGUGCCUACCUGUGCAUCGCCAAAAACGGAGUUCCACCCUCGGUCAGCCAAAGGAUACUCUUGCAAGUGAACUUCCGGCCCAAGAUCCGCGUCUCGGAGCAGUUGGUGGGUGCCGCCAUUGGCACAUCGGUGUUCCUCGAGUGCGUGGUGGAGGCCUCACCACGGCCGCUGACCGCGUGGAUCCGCGGAGACGACCAGAUCCUGCUCCGGAGCAAGAAGUACGCCAUAUCGGAAGAAGUCGACUCCUACCGAAUACGCAUGCGCCUCCAAAUACACGACCUCCGGCAGUCCGACUACGGCCGCUACAAGUGUCACGCCAAGAACACCUUCGGCGAGAAAGAGGGCUUCAUACGCUUGCACGAUAUUCCACACCCGACAACUCUGGCCCGACCGACGCCAGCAACAGAGGCAGUGGUGCCCAGAACCAAGGUGUCAGGCCGGGAUGACCUGCAGAGGUUAAGGGCGCAAGCGGACCUUUCGAUAACGGCUACAAAAUCAUUCCUCGACGAAAACGCCAAGGACUCUCCGCAGCCCGAUGCAGGAGUUCCUUCCAACGAACAAAGUCGAUCAGGACACAGACCCCUUGAUCGGGUACACUUCGAGCCGCCAGAAAGGAAUCGAGGUGGCUCAUACAUGUCUUCAAUGAUAUAA